UUAGCUUGUUGGGUAGCAUUUAGCUAGCCAAACUCUCCUGGAAAAUAGCUCUUUAGCCAAGCCAAUCUAUGAGUCGCAAAAGAAACCAGACUUUCGCUGAAACGAGCCUGUCUCCUGAACUCCACGGCGCCUUCAUGGAGCCUCCCGGGUCAGCGAACCGAGCCGACGGUGAUUUCCUGGAGCUGGAGCCCGACGAGGAGCUGCUGUGCUCGGUCAGUGACAUCACGGAGCACCUCGGCAGAAACAUCACCGUGGUGCUGGAGACAGCGCUGUCUGAGAUCCGCAAAAUGGUCAGCAUCAGGAUACGAGUCCUGAAAAUGGAGCUGCGCGAGAAAAGCGAAGAAAUUGAGGAGUUAAAGGCGAGACUGGAUAUAGUCCAGAGGGAUGGCAGGGAACCUUUUCCCUCCAUGGAGCCGUCUGCUGAUGCUGCCUACAAGAAACACGACUUCACUUCCACCAAUAAACACAACAGUGUGGACCCCAGGAGAGCCAAGACUGUCAUGCCCGGAGUGAAAAAAGAGAAUAUAGAUGCUAUUUGCGACUAUCUGAUGAAAGACAAGAACUCGAGGGGGUGUGCUGAAAUUGACGGAGACCAGAGUAGCCAAGCCAGCGGCGAUAGGGAGGCUCGCCAAGACCCAGACCCGCACGCACUCAACCUGUGGUCGGACAGCGGCAUGGCUGGCUCCGGGCCCGGGCACGGUGACUCCGAGUCGGCCACAGAUGACCUCUUUAGUAUGCUCCCCUCUGGCAGCAAACGGAUGUAUGACUACGAAUGGAUAGCACCUAUGGAGUAUUCCUCAGACCUGAAAGUCAUGAAGGACCCUGAGUGUGAGAGCAACCCAACCGGUGAGACAGAGGAUGAUGACGAAGAUGAGUCAUCAAGGACCGGACUGGAGCAGGCCCAGGCCCCACUCUCACACGUCCAGCCCUCUGAGUUCUCCAUGGAGCCCCAGAGUUCUCCAGGGGAGGGAGGGAGUCCGCUGGAGGGCAGCACAGACAGGCCUGUGGCAGGCCAGCAGUUCCCCGGUCACACCUACAUCUGCUCUUUGUGUGGAACCUUCUGUCCUGACUCUGUAUUCUUAGAGGAACAUGUCAAGCUGAUACACUCAGACUCUGCUGGUGCCCAGGCUCUCCAGGCCCUGCAGUCCACCUGCUCAGCUGCACCCGUCAUGGGUGACAGCGGCAGUGAGUCCAGGAGGGCUGGGGGGGCUCAGAAUGAGGACAGCGCAGCAGUAGGGGCCGGUUCUGGCAUGGUGCGUGGAGGCGGGCUUGUGAAAAAGGAGAUUAAAAUUGAGGGGGGGUACGAGUGUGGAGACUGUGGACGCCAUUUUAACUACCUUGGCAACUUGCGGCAGCACCAGCGUAUCCACACCGGAGAGAAGCCCUUCAUGUGUCCAGAAUGCGGGGAGAGGUUCCGCCACGCAGCCCGCUUAAAAAGCCACCGGCUUGUGCACAGUGGGGCGCAAAGCCCCUUCCCCUGCCCCCAGUGCGGGAAAGGUUUCUCAGUGCUAUCUGGACUCAAGAGACACCAGCGGGUACACACCGGCGAGAGCCCUUAUGCCUGUCCACAGUGUGGCCGGCGCUUUAAAGAGCUGGGUAACCUUUACACCCACCAGAGGAUCCACAGCGGGGCCACGCCCUACUGCUGCCAGCAGUGCGGACGCAGCUUCCGACACCUGGGAACUUACAAGAGCCACCGCUGCACCCCUGCACAGUAACCCGCCCAGCCGCUAUGCUUUCUAAUACAAAGAAAUUUAAAGUGUAUGGAAAAGACAGGACAUGAUGCUGACUCUGAGGCGUGUGUCUCACAGUUGACACAAGAGGAGGUGCAGGUCAAGUGGAGAACGGCUCCGGUAUCCCGACAUGCCAACCGAGCUUUCAUGUUCUGUCACAUUCAUGACAUUUCACACCCGCAUCAGGAAUCAAGGAACGCUGCAUCAUUGAACUUCAUUCUUGUUCAUGUUCAUUCUUGAUCUUGGAAACAGCAGUUUGACAAAACUCAGUAUCUACACCAGCUACGCAAAGGCUGUGUCCGAAAUUCCACACCUGCUUGCUAUUUAGUAAGUUAAACCAGUAUGUGAGAUUUUUUAGUACGUCCAAAACACUGAAAGGACACUACAGUAGCAUAAAUGUUAGGGCUGCAACUAACAAUUAUUUUGAUUAUCGAUUAAUCGGUCGAUUAUUUAUUCGG